GCCCUGGAUAAACGACUGUAACAUCAUUACAGUGGUUAAGGAGACACUAUGCAUUAACAGUGUCUUUCUAUGUGCUAAUGAGUCGACUUUUUGUCUGGAUGUUGUGGAUCUGCUCCAGUCCUCUGCAACAGAUGUACCGGAUUGCCUGCAUUUAUGUGAUCUGUCUUCAUUUAUGUGGAGUCACCUGAAAUAUCUGAGGGGCUCUGGACUUCUUUGUACAUCCUAGUUGAAGCGGCUGAGAUUUAUCUGGCUUCCUUGACCUUUUUCCUGCUUGUCACAUUUAAAGUGUCAAGGGCUCAGAUUCCCCCACCCGAAGAUCAAAUGGAGUCUGUGAGCAACAACACAGAAAACUUGACAAUAAUGCCCACUGCUCUGACUCCCACUGGAAGAAGAACAGAAAGCAGAGUAACUAGAAAUGGUGACUCCCCCCCGGAAACUAAACAAACCACAGACCAGCACAUCAGUUCUAGCAGCCCAAAUGAGGCCAUCACAUCUGAAAUUAAGACUUCAUCAGCUCCCAAAGGGAACACAACAGAACCACAAUCAAACGUCACAUCCUCUCCAGCAUCCGCAGCGACAUCCCUCCGAUCCACAACUAAGACAACCACCAGAAAUGAGUCCUAUAAAACUGCCAAGGUUAAGACGUGGGACCAGGAUUUCACCUACGAUUAUGAGUCCUUGCGCCAUGCUGGGCUGUCCAUUGCAGCACUACUCUUCAUCGUGGGCAUAAUGGUUAUUGGCUGUGGCAAGGUCUGCCGGCUGCCCAGGUGUCGCAAGAGGUCUUCCAAGUCAUAUCGAGUGGCUCAAGGAUAGAGAGAGCGAGAGCGAGCAUGUUUAUAGUGACACAAGGACAGAGCUGCAAGAAACCAGUCAGGAGUCCAUCAGAAGGAAAAAAAACACUCAACCAACACCUGGCAACGUGUGUGUGCAUGUGGACUAACUUACUGUAUGGUACUUAGUAACAGCGUCACGGGAAAACACUGGAUAAACACAGGAAACAUAAAUCAUGUUUCAAUCAAGUAAAAACAAGUAGAAACAUCAA